UUCACAUACUCCGAAUAGUCUUACAAAAAUGUUCAUUUUUCAUUAAAAGCACUAAUGAUUACAUGCUGCAUUUAUAAUGGAUCCUAAUGCUGGUUAAUGCGUUGUGAUUUAAACAUACAGAGGUAUGUAUGGCUGUGUUUUCAGGUUAUGGCAUUAUUAUUAAUAUCAGUAUUAAUUACUGCUAUCGUCUCUGGUUAUUGAGUUGGUGAACUGUGGAGCGUUUAGAUUUCAGAGCCAGGAGUUCUUCGCGAUACGAGGAGAAAGGAAAAAAAAAGAAACAAAGAAAGAAAAAGAAAAGAAACGAUCAUUCCCCGAUUGUCAUCUGACAAGAUCAGUAAUAUCAAGUGAUAAAUCGCUCCAAACUUUUUUGGCGGCGCUGGCAGUUUAGCAGUGCGCAUGUGCGAAGGUGUCCAAACUGACAAUGCUGGAGAGAUAGCGAGUCUGGAUUGAGAAACAGAGAGAAAGAGACAGAGAAAAAAGAAAAAGGAGGAAAAGAUCCAAGAAAAAUCCAAACAAUCCCUCGCCGAAAGACUGGCAUCAUGAGGUCCAAAAGCAGGGCAAGGAAACUGGCCACAACACAGAGACAUGAAGCAUUUAGGAUCUUCAAGGUGUCCAACUGUAUAUAUGGUUUGGCCAAAAGAAUGCCUGCAACAUGACGCAUACCCCUUUUUUCUUCCACAAUAUGGAAAAAAUAAUAACAUUAAAAAUGAUUCUGGACUGUAUGAUGACUAUCCAGAGGCUGUUUUAGAAGAUACAGCAGAAGGUGACAGGCAGCUGGCCCAGCAUACACUUACGGUUGAGGACUUGACCUCACCUACCACUUCCAGUGAUGAUUACACAGCCAAGGAGGCCUCGUCUUACCAAACACCCAUAUACAUUCCAGAUGACCUGCCAGUUCCUCCAGAAGUUGAACUUCAGGAGUCAAGCAUUCCUUUAGCAGGAUUAGGAGUAUGGGCACAAAGAAAGAUUGAAGCUGGGGAAAAGUUUGGCCCUUAUGUAGGUGAACAACUUUCUGCAUUGAAAAAUUCAAAUCUUGGCUGGGAGAUCUUGGAUGAGUUUGGCAAUGUGAAGUUCUGCAUAGAUGGUAGUCAGCCAGACAUAGGAAGCUGGCUCAAAUACGUCCAGUUUGCCCAAUGCUACGACCAGCACAAUCUUGUUGCAUGCCAGAUAAAUGAUCAGAUAUUUUACAAAGCCACACGGGAUAUUAAACCAGGAGAAGAGCUAUUGUUGUUCAUGAAGGGUGAAGAUUAUUCAUAUGAAGCAAUGGCUCCAGACAUACAUGAGGAGCGUCAGUAUCGUUGUGAGGAAUGUGACCAGCUUUGUGAAUCUAAAACUGAGUUGCAAGAUCACCAGAAAUACCAUUGUAACAUGCCACAUUCUGCUUUCUCCAUUGUGGACAAGGAUAUGCAGAGAAAACUGAGAGACAGUGAAAAUGACAUAGUUGAAUGCCAUGACUUGAAUGAUCACCAAGAGUGCAAGGAAUGCGACCAAGUAUUUCCAGAUCCUCAGAGCUUGGAAAGGCACAUUUUGACUCAUUCAGAGGAACGUGAAUACAAGUGUGACCAAUGUCCCAAAGCAUUUAAUUGGAAAUCAAACUUAAUACGUCAUCAAAUGUCACAUGAUAGUGGGAAACAUUAUGAAUGUGAAAACUGUUCAAAGCAGGUGUUUACGGACCCCAGUAACCUUCAGAGACACAUACGCUCCCAGCAUGUGGGUGCUCGUGCUCAUGCUUGUCCAGACUGUGGAAAGACCUUUGCCACCUCUUCUGGACUAAAGCAACACAAACAUAUACACAGUAGUGUCAAACCCUUCAUAUGUGAAGUUUGCCAUAAAUCCUAUACUCAGUUCUCAAACCUUUGUCGGCAUAAAAGAAUGCAUGCUGAUUGUAGAACGCAGAUUAAAUGCAAGGACUGUGGACAGAUGUUCAGCACAACGUCUUCCUUAAACAAACACAGAAGAUUCUGUGAGGGCAAAAAUCAUUUCACUGCAGGAGGACUGUUUGGACAAGGUAUUUCUCUUUCUGGUACACCAGCUCUAGACAAAGGCCACAUGGUUAAUAUCAACCAUAACAGCCCAGGCCUAGCUGACUAUUUUGGAACAAAUAGGCAUCAUGGUGGUCUGACUUUCCCAGCAGCCCCCGGUUUUCCUUUUAGCUUCCCUGGCUUGUUUUCAUCAGGUCUCUAUCAUCGGCCACCAUUAAUACCUGCUAGUUCUCCCGUUAAAGUGGCACCAGUUGCAGAACACAGCAAGAGUCCUCUUCUAGCACAUCCUCAAGUUUUGCCUGGAGCACCUGACAUUUUAAAAGCACUCAGUAAGCAGAAAACUCUUAGUGAUGGGAGAAUUGAGGAGCAUCAGACUGAGAAUUGCUCAAAGGACAGGUCUCAUGGAAAAAUGAGCGAUCAGUCAGAGAGUAGUGACCUUGAUGACGUCAGCACUCCUAGUGGCAGUGACCUUGAGACAACAUCAGGCUCAGAUCUGGAGAGUGACUUGGAUAGUGACAAAGAAAAGAACAAGGAGAACAGCAAAGUCCUAGAUGGGACAGUGAAGAGCUUGCAAAACCCCACAUCCAUGAGCAAUAAUAAAAAUGAUUUCUCUAAUCAUUCAGUGUUUCCCCCUUCAGUUGAUGAACAAACUGCUGUUUCAGGUGCUGUCAAUGACUCAAUCAAAGCCAUUGCUUCUAUUGCAGAAAAGUACUUUGGGUCAACUGGACUUGUAGGACUACAGGAUAAAAAAGUAGGAACAAUGCCCUACCCAUCAAUGUUUCCUCUACCAUUCUUUCCAGCAUUCUCACAACCAAUGUAUCCAUUCCCCGACAGAGACUUAAGAAACUUACCUGUAAAAAUGGAACCACAUUCUCCAAAUUCCGAUUCAAAAAAAGUUCAGAGCAGGAACUCUGAAUCACCAUUUGACCUGACUAUAAAACGGAAGGAGGAAAAAGCAGUCCCGUUUGCGACCUCCAAAUCAGUAGUUCCUUUAACAAACCAGGACCAACCAUUGGAUCUGAGUAUGGGGAGCAGGAGUAGAGCUAGCACUGCAAAGUCAGAGGAACCCAGGAAAAAUCAUGUUUUUGGUGAUGAAAAGGCAACCGAUACUGAGCAGCAUAAGGCAACUGAUACUUCCCUGCAACAUGCACGGCCGACACCCUUCUUCAUGGAUCCAAUUUAUAGCAGGGUUGAGAAAAGGAAGUUGAACGAUCCUUUCGAGGCCCUGAAGGAAAAAUACAUGAGGCCUCCUCCAGGAUUCCUCUUUCAUCCUCAGUUUCGAUUGCCUGAUCAAAGAGCAUGGAUGUCAGCUAUAGAAAACAUGGCAGAAAAGCUGGACAGUUUUAAUUCACUAAAGACAGAAGCCAAUGAUCUCAUACGGUCUGUUCCUUCCAUGUUUGACUUUAGGGCGCCUCCAAAUAAUAUGCCGGAAAAUCUCCUGAGAAAGGGAAAGGAACGGUAUACCUGCAGGUACUGUGGGAAGAUUUUUCCACGAUCUGCAAACCUUACUCGUCACCUGCGUACUCAUACUGGUGAACAGCCUUACAGGUGCAAAUACUGUGAUCGUUCAUUCAGUAUCUCUUCCAAUCUACAAAGACACAUUCGUAACAUCCAUAACAAAGAAAAACCUUUCAAAUGUCACCUGUGUGAUAGGUGCUUUGGUCAGCAGACCAACUUGGACAGACAUUUGAAGAAACAUGAAAAUGGAAAUUUGUCAGGUACUGCAAUGUCUUCACCUCAGUCAGAACUGGACAGCAGCAGUGCAAUACUAGAUGAUAAGGAAGACUCCUACUUUAAUGAAAUCCGGAAUUUUAUUGGGAAUGCUAGCCAGAAUAACCAAUCACCAGAGCAUUCAGAUGAAGGAUUAAAUGGGAAUCAGUUUGAUGAAGAUGUUAAAGUGUUGAUGACCAGUCAGGAAACACAAGAUUUGGAAGAAGAUGAGGUGGAUGAUGAAUUGGGAGUAGAAGAAGAAGAAGAAGAAGAUGAGCCAAGUAGCAUCACAGGAAAAACUGUGGAUGAACCAGUAUCAAGCUCUUUGGUUGAUGAAGCAGUUCGAGAUGAUAUUGAUUUCCAUGAGUCAGAUGAUCUGAAUAUGAAUUGCAAUGUCUCACCUAGAAGAUUUAAUGAAGAGGGUGCUAAAAGUGGAUAUUCUGCUUUGGAUCAUAUCCGACACUUUACGGAAAUGAGAAAAAUUGAGGAGAAUGAAUACAGUGAAAGCGACAUUAUUCCUUUCAGUGCGGCACACCUGCCUGAAGCCAUAAAGCAACCACUGUAUAGAAAGUCCAAGUCACAGGCAUAUGCUAUGAUGUUGUCACUGGCAGACAAGGAUUCUCUUCACCCUGCCAGUCAUGCAUCCGCCAGUAUGUGGCAUAAUAUGAGCAGAGCUACUGCUGAAUCCAAUGCUAUUCAGUCACUCAGUCAUGUAUGACAAUGUGAAGAACGGCAAACAUGGGACCAAGUCCAGCACGAACGCAGGAGCUCUGAAAGACUGCUGAGCAGAAUGCCUUAUACACUUGCAGGGUCACCCAAAACGUUGUGACCUUAAAUUAAUAAUUAUAUUUAUUCCAAUAUAUUUCUUUUUUGCACAGCAAAGGCAGCUGCUGGUUUCAAACAUCAAUGUGGCAUAAAGCAAUUUCAUUGAAAAUAUUCUUGCAUUCAAAAACUAAGUUGAGUCUUCCAUCUUAGCAAAUGAAAUGAAGUAUAUUAAAUGUAAGCACUCAAGACUGAAUGAUUUUGUAUAAAAAUUCACACUGCAAAGGGUGAAAAUUGCAAUUGUUGGAUUUUGUAAAAAUUAUUAUAUAUUUUCAUUUGUAUUUAAAGUGUAAUUUCUCUUUUCUUUCAGGAAUGUAGCUUUAUAGUUACUGGUGAUUAAUAUGCAAACAGCUCUUAAAUUGUGUCAAAUGCAGGUGGCAAAUACUGCAGUUGUGUAAAAGAAAUUGACAUUUGUGGCCAAAGGAAAUUUAGUGCCACUCUACUUCACUAUGGAUUUCUAAAUUCUCAAUUGGACCAAUAUGUAUGCAGUGUUGCCAUUGGAAAGAUGGAAUCAAUCUGAUUGUUCAUAAAUUAAUUGCAAAGCAGUGUGGUUUUGCACAAUUUAAGCACUGUGUUAAAUUAGUAUCUUUUAAAGUAGAAUUCCAUAUCAUGUAAAGCAAAAAAACAGAAAUGUGUUUUCAGAAAUGUGUAAAACACAACCUGCACUCUUUACAAAACGUAAAGUAUAGUGGUCCUUGAAUUUCUUGUCAUUCAAGACCUUAUGACCGUUGUUCAGAAUACCACUAAAUAGUCUUAAACUAGUUGACUAGGUGACUCAUUUCUCUUUUGUUUUACUUUUAGACAAUCAUAUUUUUGUUUGUUCCAUUGCUUUGUAUGUUCAGAGGUAUAUUUAUUUCUUGACAAACUGUAGUUUGUUUAUUAAAUAGCACUGUUCCAGUCCACCAAAAGGUGACAAUUUCUUAGGUGGGACCUUAUUCAUAAAUUAAUUGAUUUGCUAGAUUACGAGUGCCAAAUAGUGUUCAGCGCCAUCCAUUCUUUACUUUUUUAUUGAAACUGAAUAAUAAUUAGGUAUUAGGUUUUUUUUUUUUGUUUUGUUUGUUUGUUUGUUUGUUUGUUUUUUAAGUAAUAUUGGUAUAUGAUUCAAUUUUUAAACAAAAAAAUCAGGUACAAUUUCAUUACAGCAUGAUUCCUCUGAUAAGAAAUGUACCUGAUAUUUUCUUCUGGUUGUCUGCAAGCUUGUGUGACGUUAUGUUCAUAUUAAUCCUCUUUGUAAAAUGAAGUGUGCCAAUCUUAUAAUAAAAUAACAGAUUAUAUUCAUUUAUUUCACCCUGUGUGAAGGGACCAGAUCGAUUUUGUUUGUUUUUCUUCUUUGUUUAUAAUCUCAUUUUAAAAUAAUCAGCAAGUUGAGGUACUUUGUUAAAUGCUUUGUACAAUGUAACUGUAAUGCAUUUCAGUACAAUACUAAGGGAGGAAGAACUAAAAAAAAUAAAGAAAUACAAAAGUGAAUUUAAA